UGGUAGGGCUGUCGCUGGCGAAGUAUUUUUUACACACAAAAGGGCCAUCUGUUUUGUAUAGUAAAAUAAUAUAGAGGAAUGCAUGUAAUAUAGGCGUGUUCAAUGUAAAAUAUGAAGAGUGAAAUAACUGAGCUUAUGUAACGAAUAAUGAUCUAGCAAAAGCCAACAUUAAAACAAAUUUCACGUUCACAACGAUCGGUCACCGGAUGCGAAUAACUGUAAAAGCUUUGUCAGUGCCCCAGAAAUUAUGACAGCUACGGCAGCAGAGUCUGCAACAGAAGCGAGCAAAAUGCUCGAAGCAGCGUUACAGCAAAUGGAUGGGAUUAUAUCAAAUUCACCACAGCUACAGUCAGGAGCAACAACGGCCGCUUCGCUAACCAGUUUCUGUGAGCGUAAUUUGAUUUCCGCCACCAAUGUGCUAUCAACAGCCAAAACACUGGCGUUGGCGCUGCAACAGGUUGGUUUGUCCGCACCAGCCCCAGAUCCCGUGACGGCGGCUAUAAUUAGCGAUUGGCUAGAGACACACAUACCGCGACAGGAUUCCGAUGAGCGUAUGCGUCGCCUGCAGCGCGACAAGGAGGGUUUGGCGUUGCAAUAUCAAAUGCUCGCCGAGCGUGUGUCCGAGCAAGCGGAUAGAAUAAUAGAGCUAGAGGGACUGCUGACGGAAAAAUCGCAGCAGCUCUGCAACAAAGAGGAGCAACUGCAGCGUCAAAUGAUAUCACGCUCGGCGCUGGAAACACAGAAAUUAGAGCUGAUGAGUGCCUUAAGUGAACUGAAGUUACAUCGCACAGCACUGGAGUGUGAAAAUGAAGUAAAUGCAGCCGCACCCUAUGGCAGCAUGGGCAAUCUACAGCAGAAGAGUCGACUGCCAGAUGGCACGCUAGCACCCAAGACGCCACCCUCUGCUCUGCGUCAUCAGAUCAAGCCGCAGUUUCAUAGUCUGCCGCGUUCACAUGGCGGUAAGCAAACGUCGCGUUUACAGACGAACAACAAUAACAAUCGUACGCUGGAUGUGAAUGCCAACAGCAGUGGCAAGCAACGCAACGUGGCCUUUGCCUCCAAUGAACAAAUCUUAAUCGACGACAGUGUGCUAAGCGACGGUGCAGCUGCCCAUGAUGAUGGCAACUCAAUGUACUCCAGUUUCAUAUCCCAAACGACAUCAACAUAUUCGCCAAAACUGCGCGAACGUUCUGUGCGCGGCUUGCGCAAUAUUCUAGGCAAGCUGCGACGCAGCAACAGCAGCACCUGCGAACUAACUGCGCUGGAGCAGGCAGAUCCUGAAGAGUUUCGACGUGGUGGUGCACGUGCUACAGCUGGCGGACGCAUCGAAUGGAGCGCUCAGACGCCCAUGUUCAAUGAGGCAGACAAGCACUAUAGCAGCUGGAAUGCACAGGAAGUGUGCAACUGGUUGGCACAAAUGGGACUGGGCUGUUAUCAGGAAAACUGCAGAAAAUGGCUUAAAGCUGAUCCUGCCAUCUGUUUCUUCAAAGCUUCGCCAGUUGACAUCGAACGUGAAUUGCAUUUAAAAUUGUCGUUGCAUCGCAAGAAAAUUCUGUUGGCCAUUGAUGACCUCACCGGCAAGGAGUUUGAUUUGCUGACACUUAAGGCUGCCAACUUGGAUGUGGGCUGGGUGCUGCGCUGGCUAGAUGACAUUGGCUUGCCGCAGUAUAAGGACCACUUUCUGCAGGCCAAGGUAGAUGGACGCAUGCUGCAUCGCCUGACGCUGGAGGAUCUAUCACAUUUGCACGUCAGCUCCUGUCUGCACAUAGCUUCCUUGCGCUGUGGCAUUCUAUGCAUGCGUGGCAUGAACUGGAAUGCUGAGGGUCUAAUACGGCGUUCCACCAAGCUUACCGAUACUGCCGAGGAAGCUCCGGGCACCGGCAAGGAAAACGUAGAGCUCUGGACAGCGCAUCGCGUCAUGGAGUGGCUCAAGACCAUUGAUCUGUCUGAAUAUGCGCCCAACUUACGUGGCGCUGGCGUUCAUGGCGCACUCAUGAUGUACGAGCCGCGGUUUAAUGCGGAUCUGCUGGCCGAUUUGCUGUCUAUACCGCCGAGCAAAUCGCUGCUGCGCCGUCACUUGGCCAUGCACUUCAAGGAGCUAGUGGGUCGCAUCAUUAUACAUGCAAAACGCGACGCCGAAGAUGCGCCCGGCUAUCAGCCAUUGACAAUAACUGCCAAACUCAAGCCAGCCAAGCGUUCGCAGUUUACGCUUAAGCGCCGCAAGAGCACCAAGGGUCAGUCCGAGGUGGACUGGCAGGAUUUUGUGUGCCCAAUGAAUGCCAUGGCACCGGUGCUAACCGCUGCUGGCGACACCACAAUCGAGCACGAUGGCUCGCUAAGCUCAAACUGAGCAGAUAGAAUACAAGUAAUUAUAACUAUGCAUUGUAUUGUUAAUGUAGUUUUAAGCGCCAAGACCCUAAUUGGAUUAACUGCCCCUUGGAAGCAAUCACCAAACAUAUAUAGACUAACAGUGUCUAAACUGUAUUAGCAAGAAUUUAAAUUUACACUUGAAAUUGUAAAGCAAUUUGUUUUUAACAUAAGGACCAAGCGUUGAGAGCUGUAAAUGAAUCAAAACAAAACACUUUUAAAGUUACUCAUGAAGUUUAGACAAAGUUUGCUCAAUUUUAAGUAAAUUAAUUUACAGCUCUGCUAGCAAUUAUAACAUUACUUACAUUUAUAUGAAAAUUUUUGGACAUUUAUACAAGCGAGCAAGUCUUCCAACACUAAAGUAUUGCAUGCAUAUACAAAUCUGGCCUGGUGAACAAGCCCAACUGGCAUUACGCACACAUUUAUACCAUAUUAUUAUUGUUUUUUUCGAGGUUCAUAUUUUUACUGACCCAACCCACUGUACGUAUACUUAAUAAAACGAUUUUGUAUCAACCAGCUGAUUUUA